UCUUCCGGACCCGCAACGUUAUUUCCCGAUUAAGCGGAUUCUCCGCUGUAAUGACGUCGCUGGCCGUUGUGUAGAGUACAGUGUCCUACAGUCCACAGGCCCCGAAACCCGUAGUCUACAGAGCCCAUGGCCCUGAUCGUGAUACCACUUUGAAGUCAAUUGGGUACCUACCUGGCAGAGCACAUGCGCCGGUAAAACUCCGAGCUCGGGUGGCGAUGGCGGAUCGAUGGCGGAUGAGAGCGGGAAGGUACAUCCAUGAUCCAUCACGUCGGCCAGCAGUGUGUCGUGUAGAUUGUCUCCCCCAUUCCCGCAUCAACUUCUUUACACACUCAUCAACACCACUACCAAUCCAUCAACAAUGAAGUUCACUACCCUCCUCCUCUCCGCCAUCGUCCUCCUCGCGCCCUCGGCCGUGCACGCCGACGACACGCCGGCCCUGUUCGACCUAAGCAGCAGCACCGACGGCCUCGACGGUCUGGUCUGGAACAACGUGAUGUUCUCCGGCGGCAACGCCUAUGUCGGCAACGUGAAAUACGCUUCGUCCUCAGAGCCUCUGCUGCUAUCCGGCGGCUCCCCCAGCUACGGUAUCUCCUUCACGUCGUUCCACGCGACGCCGACGGGGUGGCGCACACUGUACGUAUUCGCGAACGCGAGCGCGCCGCUGGCGUUUACGACGCCGCACUCUGCGUCGAUCCCUGCGGGCGCGCAGACAGUUGGCUUCGGCAGCUGGGACGGGAAGUUUCAGCUCGACACUGGCAGCGGGCCCGCUGAGAUGUGGGUCGCCUGUAAGUCCCCCGAGACGGAGGCGUCGGGAAGUUGGAAGAUCAAUUGGGAUGGAAAUGGUACCCUGGCGAAGACGGAGGGGUGCAGUAGGGUUAGUUUGACUGUUGGUAAGGCGACGGAGUGUAGGUAUCCUCAGAGCGCGUAGAGCUCGUUGAGGGGGGAGUGUGAGUGGGAGUUUUGUUGGUGAGGUGGUAUGGAGGUGGGACGCGGUGGAUGGGAAUGCAGUG